AUGUCCAGCGGUGCUCAAGGUACAAAGUUCAGAAUCUCUCUAGGUUUGCCAGUCGGCGCCGUCUUGAACUGUGCUGACAACACUGGUGCUAGAAACCUUUAUGUUGUGGCUGUUAAAGGUUCUGGUACCCGUUUGAACAGAUUGCCAGCUGCCUCCCUAGGUGACAUGGUUAUGGCAACCGUUAAGAAAGGUAAGCCAGAAUUGAGAAAGAAAAUUAUGCCAGCUAUUGUGGUCCGUCAAGCUAAGCCAUGGAGAAGAAAGGACGGUGUCUUCUUGUACUUCGAAGACAAUGCCGGUGUUAUCGCCAAUCCAAAGGGUGAAAUGAAAGGUUCUGCUAUUACUGGUCCUGUUGGUAAAGAAUGUGCUGAUUUGUGGCCUCGUGUGGCUUCCAACUCAGGUGUUGUUGUUUAA